AAAAUCUAACAGGAAGUGGUUCAUACAGCUAGCUUCAUUUGCUAAGAAAACGAUGUUUUUAAAGGGAAACCAAGGUUGGUGAGGUCUGUGGUGGGCACAGCGGCUGGAAGGUUGCUGCUGGUUGCUGGGUCCUGUGGAGCAGAGGGGCUGUGCCAUUCCCCCUUUUAUCCUCUCAUGCCCUCCUUGUGUGUGUUUCCUAGUGUGUUGUUGACCCUGCACCCCCACCCACCCCCUACCUGACCUCUCCUGUCGUGUUGCCACUUUAGCCCAACACCCCCCCCCUCUCACCACAUGCUUGGGACAAAGCCAGUUCACUGCCAGCCCAAUGACUGCCUGGAUCGUCCUGCCUGUCAGCUUGUCUGCCUUCUCCAUCACAGGAAUAUGGAUAGUAUAUGCCAUGGCUGUGAUGAAUCACCAUGUGUGUCCUGUGGAGAACUGGUCUUACAAUGUAACGUGCACAGAGGAGCUGCCCCGACCAGGCUUCCCCAAGACUUGUUGCACCAUCCAAGACAUCCCCCUCAUCAGUAAAUGUGGCUCUUUUCCUCCUGAAAGUUGCCUGUUCAGCCUGAUCGGAAAUGUUGGAGCCUUCAUGGUGGUGAUGGUGUGCUUUCUGCGCUACGCCCAGGUGAUCGAACACAGCCACCAGAGCUGGGUUAAUACUGGCGCUCUGGUGAGCGGCUGUGCCAACGGCGUUGGUCUGGUCAUGGUGGGAAACUUCCAGGUUGACCAUGCUAAAUCCCUCCAUUAUGUGGGUGCUGGUGUUGCGUUUCCAGCAGGCCUGCUGUUCGUAUGCCUCCAGUGUGUGCUCACCUACCGAGUGGCCAUGACCACCCUCGACUACUGGAUGGCUCAUGUCCGGGUGGCGCUAGCGCUGGGAGCCAUGGUGUCCCUCGUUCUCAGUGGCAUCUUCUUUAUCCAUGAGAGCUUCAUCCUUCAGCACGCUGCAGCCAUCUGCGAGUGGGUCUUCACUGUGGACAUCCUGGUCUUCUACGGUACCUUCACCUACGAGUUUGGCACCGUCACCACUGAGACCAUGAUGGCAGGCCUGCAGCAGAGCCACCAUGGCUCAGGAGUCAUCAUGGACCCCAUGUCCCGGGCCUCGACGCUGGGCGGGGUGACAAAGGGUCUGAAGUCCCCCGGAGGAAGCAGCACAUCCACACAUCUCAACUGUACCCCAGAGAGCAUAGCUAUGCUGUAGCUCCGUUCUCACGACAAGUUCCUGCAGAGGUGCAUCACAGGCUCCCACAGGAAGACGAGCAGCAUGUGGAGGAAGAGAGCAAAACCCUUUUAUCUUGAAACUUCAAACCAGGUUUUUCUGUUGUUGAUGCAACUCAAUCUGGUUGUUUUCUUUGUUGAAUCUGUUUCCAGAUUGCUACAGUUGCAUUCUCUGUAGUGUUGGAAAGUAGAUCGAAUGUAGGAAACCAGUCUGAACACUGGAACAUGAAUAUUUUCCAACACAGAUAUGGACGGUUCUGCAUGAGAAUCAAUCAGGACCUUUUCUACUUUAAACUCCUCUGAUCACAGGCGUCGUGAUGAGAACAGAAAGUUUUCCUGUCCCCAACGUUUCACUGUCUCUUCCCCUCCCAUAAUGCUUUGCUUGGCCCACCUUUCUUGGCCUGUUUAUCUCUGCACGGCACUCCUCUUGAACGUCAAAACAAAAUGUUUCUGUUGGAUUUUUGCAUCGUAAAUAGAAGAUGAUGAAUAUUGAGAAGUCAGUAGCUCUAGUACGUUUUCACAGGCUGUGAGCCUGUUUACUCAAUCAUGCAUAAACUACUUGAAAGGUACCAGUAAUCAUCAAGUUCACUGAACCAUAUAGCUGCACUCUUAAUUUGAAUGCAAGUAAUAUAACGAUUUUUACUAAAUAUUAGUUUCAAUCAUUCACUUGAGUCCAAAAAAAGUGUUUUGUCAUAAUUACAUUAAGAUGAGGGUCAAAAUCGCCUCCAUUGCUGUUGUUUAGUUCCUCAUACUGCAUGAUCUAAUGUUUCAGUUAUUUUUGCACGCCCAUGGCAUAAAACAAGUGACAUAAAAUGUCAAAGUUACAAUCAUCCAAUAAUUAACACUCCACUGGAGUGAGCAAUGCCUUUUUUGAGUGUGUGUGUCUGGGGUGAGCGCGGGCUCUUGUUCAGAAUAAGUGGCCUACAACUCUGAUGUAAACAGGUGUGUGAAGGUAAAACUAUAACCUGACUAAUGUAUUUACAGUAUAACAGUUCAUGUCCACACACUGAUCUGAUUCCAGGCUGGAUCCUUGGAAGCCUUAUUUAAGUUAAUAAAAAAAACUAGCUUUUCUUUUUUUUUUACACGUGAAGUCAUUUUCAGAAGCUGCAGGGAGCUUUCCCCCAGCGGUCUUCAAGCGGAUUAUUACUGUUGUAAACUAGCCGAACAUCAAACUGCCACAUUUACUGAAACUAAAGCAGACUCAUCAGGCCCAGCGUUUCAUUUAAACGGAGCCAUUUCGUGGUGAAGUAGGGCUCAUAAAGCACUUAAACAUCCAGUAUUCUGUCCUCAUUAGGUUCAUAUAUUUUAAUUUACCACACCAGAUGCCAGCAAUACACAUUCUUUGAAAGCUCACGUCUCCUACCUCUUUCCUUUUGUGGGAUUGAUGUAAAAAAAGGUGAAAGCUGUAUUUUAAGUUUUUAUUCCUGUGCUUUGAUUGGUGGUUCAGGAAUCAACAGCUCAGUCAAAUGUCUGAAGAUGUGUGAGGAUAACAGGAGUGCAGAGCGCUUUAACUGAAGCUGCACGAUCGUGUGGUUUUCUUUGUUUGCAAACGCUUCAACUCCUGAAUAUUUGCUGGCCUGCAGCAAACCUUGCCAAAAAGACUGGGAUCCACAGUGCUUUUCUUCUGUAUGUAGGUGUGUGAACUGGUAUAAACGGUACUGUUUAGCCUUAUCCUUUGUACUUUGCCAAAUUGUUUUUCUUUUGUAAACUUUUGUCCCGCUGUAGCCUAUUUCACCAAACGGUAACCAAGUCAGUGCGACUCCAAAAGGCAGCUUGUGUGAUCCCUCACACCAGGGCUGAAACGGCUUCUGACCAUUACUAUACCACAUGCCAAAUAUUACAGCACAUGGUUGAUUUUCUUGUUCACUUCAUUAAGACGAUGUUCUCGUGAGAAUCUUUUAGAAGGCUGCCUGAAUUAGUUUUUUUAACAUGUCGUGAACACUCACAACCUAACACAGAAACAAAGUCUAUAAAAUGUACUAUUUCCCUAGGAUUUGAAAACUAUAUUAUAGAAUUGUAAAGGUGUCUGAAAACAAGUCAACACAAAAUAUUGUUUUUAUAAAUCCUGUAAAUAUGUAUGAUUUUUGUCUAUCAUUUAGGUAUUUUCAUUUGACAGAGAUUUAUAUUCAAAUAUUAAAUAAAAAUGAUAAAUUAUUAAGAAAGUUUU